CUCUCUCUCUCUCUCUCUCUCUCUCUCAAGCCCUUUUUCCUUGGCUAUCUUUUAGUUUAUUGCCUCCUCUUUAUUGUAGGUGGGCCUCUUUCCCAUGUGCUCGCCUCAAGUGAUGAUGAGAAUUGAUAGAGAGAGAGAGAGAAGGAUGGAUUUAUCCUCGGAGGUUCCGAAGAGGAGGAGCGCCGACUCCUCUCCGGAGUUCGAGUUCUGGAUGGUCGGCAAUCCUUCUUAUCCGCAGCCGGAAUUACUCACCGCCGACGAGCUCUUCGUCGACGGCGUCCUACUCCCCCUCCACCUCCUCUCCGUCGUCCAUUCCGAACCGGACCCGGAGCCUGAGUUGGCCGAGCCCCAGCCUGAACCAUCGCCGCCGCCGCCACUGCCACCGCCGCUGGAGCCCUCGCCGGCGUCGAUCUCGUCGUCGCCGUCGUCCGGGUCGAAGCGGUGGAGGGAUAUAUUCAAGGUCGGGGAGAAGAAGGGGAACGAGAAGGAGCGGCCGCGGAGGGAAAGCAAGGGCAGCGGCGGCAGCGCCGCCGAGAUCAACAUCAACAUCUGGCCCUUCUCCCGGAGUCGCUCCGCCGGCAACGGUGGCGCCGCCGCCGGCCGGUCCCGCGCAUCCUCCAUGGCCGGC